CCCAUCCUUCAUCUCCAACACACACCAACCAACACAGCAACAAGAAGAACACAGCAUCACGUAGCCGUAGCCCCACCUAGCACAGCACACCACCACCAUCACAUACGCAAGCAUGGCACGCUGGGCCAUUGCCAUCCACGGCGGCGCGGGCGUGGACCCGAACCUGCCGGAGCACCGCCAGGAGGAGGCCAAGCGGGUGCUGGCCCGGUGCCUGCAGGUGGGCGUGGACCUGCUGCGCGCCGGCGCCACCGCGCUGGACGUGGUGGAGGCCGUGGUGCGGGAGCUGGAGACGGACCCCUGCUUCAACUCGGGCCGCGGCUCGGCGCUCACCCGCGCCGGCACCGUCGAGAUGGAGGCCAGCAUCAUGGACGGCCGCGGCCGCCGCUGCGGCGCCGUCUCCGGCGUCUCCACCGUCCGUAACCCCGUCUCCCUCGCCCGCCGCGUCAUGGACAAGUCCCCGCACUCCUACCUCGCCUUCGACGGCGCCGAGGAUUUCGCCCGCGACCAGGGUCUUGAGGUUGUGGACAACAGCUACUUCAUCACGGAGGAGAACGUGGGCAUGCUCAAGCUCGCCAAGGAGGCCAACAGCAUCCUCUUCGACUACCGCAUCCCGCUCGCCGGGGCCGACACCUGCAGCGCGCAGGCGGCGGCGACCGAGAACCACAACAACAACGGCAUGGUGAUGAACGGGCUGCCCAUCAGCAUCUACGCGCCGGAGACGGUGGGGUGCGCCGUGGUGGACUGUAACGGCUUCACGGCGGCGGCCACCUCCACGGGCGGGCUCAUGAACAAGAUGACGGGCCGCAUCGGCGACUCGCCGCUCAUCGGCGCUGGCACCUACGCGUGCGGGCACUGCGCCGUGUCGUGCACGGGCGAGGGCGAGGCCAUCAUCCGCUCCACGCUGGCGCGGGACGUGGCCGCCGUGAUGGAAUACAAGGGGCUGCCUCUGCAGGAGGCCGUGGACUUCUGCGUCAAGGAGCGGCUCGACGAGGGGUUCGCCGGGCUCAUCGCCGUGUCCGGCACCGGCGAGGUGGCAUACGGGUUCAACUGCACCGGCAUGUUCAGAGGCUGCGCCACCGAGGACGGAUUCAUGGAGGUCGGCAUCUGGGAGUGAGCGCGCGCAGGCGAUGUCGCUGUGGCUGGCCUGAACUUUGAAGAUAGUGCGUGUGUGUGUGUGCAUUUGGCCAUCCUGCGAUUGCCAUGUGGUUCUAGUCUGGGAUCCUGGUUUAGUAGCAGUACUAGUGGAUCGGAGAUUGGUGAUGGGUGGAAUAAUUAUGAUGGCCGUGGAAAAUAAUAAUGUGAAAAGUUCUAUGGCUUCUUGAAUUA